AUGACAAUCAAGAGAAGUGGGGGUUAUGAUAUUUUUCUUCGAACAUUGAUCUUCAAGUGGGGAAUAGAAAAUGAGCCUCCUGCUGCUGUGUUGCUGAUCACUACCGAUCAGCGUCUUCAGCCUACCAUUAGUUUCAUGGUAGAGCAUGGGUUUGUGAUUGAUGUGGCUCAUGGAGCCGAUGAAGCCCUCAUAGCCAGUGCUACAUCUUCUAUUCAUUUCAGAAGACUUCAACAAGGACAUUGGUUCCCUGGCCUAUGGAUGCUUUCAUUUAAUCUGAAUAUCAUAUUCACAACCUAG